AUCAAUCGAAUCGUUUAUACGCUCCCGUCCGAGUAAACUGUGGCCAGAUAUUCAGUAGAACGUGAAACGUCGCGACGCCAAUUAAAGUCAGUGUGCAUCUUGAUCACACAUAGUGAGAGAGUGAGCAAGUCAGCGACCGUCCGUGAGAGCUGAGAGUGAUAUACAGAAAAAGCGACCAUCGCGACUAGAAACGAACUGCCGUGCCUUCGGUAGCUCCUCAUUCGAUUCCCGGACGUUGCCAAGUCGUGAAGUGCCAAUUGUGUGACUCCCCAAGUGCCUAUCAGAAGUUCAGUAAUCUGAUAGAAAAGAAGAAGUGACUGAUAAGUGUGUAAAGCGAUUCAAUCAGCGAAAGAAGAAGAAAAGUUACAGUGACCAUGUCGGCUAAAGUGCAUGAAAAUGGUGAAGUCUGCUCGACCGGUGACCACCAGUCCAGCGUGUUGCCACAUCUGGAGUCAUGGGACCGUAUGCUGAAGCUGCCGGUCGUGGAUGCCACUUGGCAGCAAACGCAAAAUGUCUACGGACGCGUAAAAGAUCACAACCCAUUCUUCUCCUGGGCCUUCGGAACUGCGGAGCAUGUAGUGCAGCAAGCCGUCAACCGCUCGGCGCCGAUCGUGCACAAAUUUGACCGCUCGAUCCAACUGGUCGACCAAACGCUGGUCAAGGGCAUCGAUCGCCUCGAAGUGAGCGCUCCCAUCAUCAAGGAACAGCCGCAGGAGAUCUACAACCAGGCCAAAUCCAAGGUUCUCGGCACGGUGAAGCCCUACACCGAGAAGGUGUGCGAGCUCCGUCAGACUUCGCAGCAGAAGGCCGCCUCGCUGAAGGAUCUCUCCUGGAAGAAAGCCAACGAAGUACUGGCCACCCAGUACGGAAGCUUCGCCGUGAACGGCGUAGACACCACCGCCCAGCUGGCCGAACGCCUGCUGGACUACUACUUCCCCAAGUGCGAAGGCGACUUGGAAGAAGAUAAUGCUCCCAUCUCGGUCAAGGAGGACCCGGCGCUGCACACCGUCCAGACCGUUGGCCGCCUGUCGAACAAAGUUGCCCGCCGCGUUUACCGAACCGUGUCCAAGCAGGUCAAAUCGCUCCGCAAGGAAGACGUCAAGGACUACAUCGCCACGCUGAUUGCCGUCCUGCGCCUGACCCAGUACCUCAACUUCAUCAACGACAAACGGCAGCAGCCGGCCGUGGAAGCUGCACCGGCCAACAACACCUCGACCCCGGUCAGCGCUAAUGCCACCUCCACCCCUGUUGCCGCCAGCACAAGCUCCGCCUCCAACACCUCGGCCGUGGUUGCCACGAUAAACAGCAGCAAGACGCUGGUGCAGAAGGAGAACGGCGUAGACGACCAGAAGACGCAGUAGGCGUACACCUUAGGCUACGGAACGUGUUUGUUUGUGUGUGCGGGAUAGUAAGCCCCCAACCGAACUGAUUAACUAGUAGAAUGUUAAUGUAAUCGUAGAUAUUUUUCGCAUUUGUUUUUUGUCUACCGACAAAAAGGACAUUGGCUCACUCUGAUCCGGUUGCGGUCCGAGUGCAGUAAAAAUCGAAUGUUUAAUUUGCGUGCGUUUGUGUGAGAGUCCGAAUGAAUGUGAGUGCGUGUUAAAAUUGAUCGGAAACACUGUUUACUGUUAAUAAUACUACACCUAGGGAGCGAAGAUUGUCUAGUCCUGGAGGCCUACGCGUCUGCCAGGAGUGUAGAGAUAUUGGAACCCAAACGUUUAUAUAUUCACCCUAUUUUCAAAACAAUAUUUUUUUAGAUGAGCUAUAUUAUUGUUUACUCGUAUCUAUAUAUAUUUUUGUGAAAGUAAAAAAUUGUAAAACCCAAAAA